ACCAACCUCUCCUGCCUGGUGACGCUGGACUGGGGCGCAGUGAGUUCCUUGUCCAAGAAGCCCACAGCGAAUGAUGAGUGGGAUGAUGCCUCUGGCACUAAUCGCCUGGACGCGGACAAAUUAAAGGCCUCCGCCUUUGUGCUGGCGCCAGGCAGUAGGCAUGUGGUGGUCGGCUUCGAGGUAAGAUCACACCACGCCGCACUCCAACUAACGUGA